UUUAAGUUUGAGGAGAAUCUGCUGUUUUUCCUUCGCUCAGGGAGUGAACUACAGAAUGCGGAUAUUACAGGGUUUUGUGUUUGUCUUUGUCCACCUGGCGCUUAGUUUGGCGGAAUUGAGAUCACUAGACGAUUACAUUAAACAUUAUGAGGAAUUGAGUUACGAUACACAGGAUCUCCACAACAAACAUCUGAGGGCAAAAAGGUCAACACAAAACAAGAAGUUGGAGCUGAAAUUUAAAGCUCACAAUAGAGAUUUCCAUUUAGAUUUGAAGCCGUCCACCUCUGUUUUUACCAAAAACUUUAGAUCCACCCACAACAAUGGGACGGAGGAUCCAGUGGAUCUAUCUAUAAUAUACGAGGGGUCAGUUAGGGGUGAGCCUGGGAGCAGUGUCCAUGGAGCGGUCAUUCUGGGGAUUUUCCGGGGUACGAUUCAUGUUCUGGGUGACACGUUGUACCACAUUGAGCCGGCGUACAGAUUUUACGGCCUUAAUGAGGCACAAAAAUUACCAUACCACUCUGUUAUAUAUAAAGAAGAACACCUUAAUAUAGACCCAUAUAGACACAAACGUGAAGCCGACUCUGAAGCAGCGCAGUGUGCGUUUGAUAAAUAUCGGGACUGGAUGGUCCACCAAACAGAGGCGGAGGUCAACAUACGACAGAAAAGAUCCUAUUUUAGUUAUAAGGAAUCCGUCAGACACAAUAAAUACUCUGCGGAGAGCAAUUCUUACAAUAACCGACAGCGUCGAGCCACAGCCAGCUGUAGUAUCGGGUCCCAGAACACCUGUAUCCUCUAUAUGAGGUCAGACCCAAUCCUGUUCAACAAAUUCAAAUCAGACCUGAAUGGUAAUGAGAUCGCAGCCAGAGAUGAAAUUCUCUCCUUCUUUGCCAGUCAUGUUGCUGCUAUCAAUGAUAUUUAUGGUCGAACAAAAUUCUCCCCCCUCAAUGGACAGUCACCGUGUUUUCAGGGCGUCCAGUUCCAGAUUCAGCGAACCACGAUUAUGACAGAUGAGACAGAAAAGUGUGGAAAUGUUCUUGAGAAGACAGCAUUCUGUCAACCCAACAUUGACGUGAGUAACUUCCUGAACCUGAACUCCCUGACCAAUCACGACGCAUUUUGUCUGGCGUAUAUCUUCACGUAUCGGGACUUUUCACAUGGUACACUGGGCCUGGCCUGGGUUGGGUCCCCCUCAGCAUCAGCAGGGGGCAUAUGUGAGAAAUACAAAUCUUACACGGAGGGGAACCAGCAAAUCCAGAAAAGUCUGAACACUGGAAUCGUCACCAUCAUCAACUACAACAAACGCGUGGCUCCCCGGGUAUCACAGCUAACCUUCGCACAUGAAGUGGGGCAUAACUUUGGUUCUCCACACGAUGAUGGUCAGUAUUGUGCCCCUUAUGGCACAUCCCAGCCCACGUCUAGUCAGGGAAAUUACAUCAUGUUUGCAAGCGCCACACAAGGAAACCUUGGCAAUAACGACGACUUCUCCCCGUGUAGCCGUGACAACAUCACCUAUGUCCUUGAUGCUGUCAUGAACCAGAGAAGUGGCAAGGUCAACUGCUUUACACAGUCCAACAUGGCGUUCUGUGGUAAUGGAAUCGUUGAGGAGGGGGAGGAGUGUGAUUGUGGGUAUGAUACAGACUGUACAGAUAAAUGCUGUAAUCCACGACGGACAGGAAACUCCAACGCUGACGCAUGUACCCUCAAAAUCAACCCCAACAACAAUCAGAAAUAUGUCUGCAGUCCAUCACAGGGUCCUUGUUGUAGUUCUGAGUGCGCCUUUACAUCUGGAGGGGAGUGUCGAGCCAAGACAGAUUGUAUGAGGGCUCAACAAUGCGAUGGGACUAAUGCAACAUGUCCAGAGUCUGUGAGGGAGCCAGAACUCACUCUGUGUAAUGACUUCUCACAAGUGUGUGUUCAAGGGUUUUGUUCUGGGUCCCUAUGUCUAAGAAUUAACAGUACAAAUGGAAAAACAAGAGAGUGGGAGGAAUGCUUCAUUACAAAGGAGGGGGACCUGACUGUAACACAGAAAGAGGAACUCUGUUACCUAGCUUGUAGAAAAACAAAUACCACAUCAGCAUCAACUUGUUUUGCAUCCAAUCAGAAUUUAGAUCCAGCUCCAGAAUUUAAGGCUCUGUUGGAUGAAGUGAACAGUAAAAAAGGGUCAUCCGGAGGAGUGAAACUACCAGCAGGUUCCCCCUGUAAUAAUUACCAGGGCUACUGUGAUGUAUUUUCUCGUUGUCGAGGGGUUGACAAUGAGGGGCCACUACAAAGGCUAAAAAAUCUUAUAUUUAGUGAAGAGACACUCACCAAUAUCAAAAACUGGAUAAUUGAAUACUGGUGGGCUGUGAUGUUGAUGGCCAUUGGUCUUAUUUUGUUCAUGGGUCUUUUCAUUAAAUUCUGUGCCAUACAUACACCAAGCUCCAAUCCUAACGCAAAACCAGCUGUAAAACUGACCGACACGCUCCGCCGGAGACGGCGACAACCAGAUCAACAGUAUAGAGCCCAGGGCCCUUCAGGACCCCCACCACCAUACUCAGCUCAUGGAGGCCCCCCACAGGGGCAUCGGAAAGGGGGAGGGGCCAAAGGAGGCAGAUACAAUAAUUUAGAAAUGCGGAAGGUUUGAACAAAGUGUGAGAUUAAGUGAAGUUUUAUUUAGUCAUGUUCUUUUAUUUGAUACAUAGCUAUACUUGACUUUUUGAUUGAUUGAUUCCAUUUUUUAUGUAUUUACUCAAUGUGUACAUGUAUGUAUCUUCUACAGAAAUUAAUUUAAUGUGUAUGUCAUGUAUAUUUAUGUAAUAUAAAAGUUUAUAAAAGUAUUUGUACAUUGAUACGAUGUGAAAGGAUUAUAAACAAGCUACUUAGAUCUGAUAUUUGUCAUUUAAAUGCUACAAAACAUUAAGAGCCUUAUCUUUAGGUGUCCCCUGUAGUUGCAGAACUGGAAUAUUGAACAACUCGCUUAUUUACAAGGACAACAUCUCAGAUCUGCUCAAAAAUCAUGAUUAAACUGAAGACAUGCUUUACUUAAUUUGAUGGUUUAUCAUUGAUUAUGCUGUAUUCGUUCUCAUUUCUUUUUUUGUAGGCUGAAAACCUAGUUAUCUUUUAUUUAAUAUAAAUAUUUCUUAUGUUCCUAAACUGUAUAAUGUUGACUGAAUAUAUGUAAUUUUAUUAUCAUGUUACAAACAUUGUAAACUUAACACAAGUACCAGUUCUAGUACCAUUUAUAUACUUUGUUUAUUUAUAAAACAUAUCUGCUGUUUUGCAUUAUAACAGAAUUUAGACUUUGACAUUGUAAGUUUUCAUGUAAUGUUUUUGUUUUUUUCUGGUAAAAAUGAUAUCUGUAACAAUGUGAGUCUUUAAUCAUUUAUAUUUCAUUAUUAUAAACAAACAUUAUUGUAUUCAAAAAAUUUUGCAUUACCUUAUAAUAAUGUUUUUUACGCAAAUGUCUUUGUUACCAUGGUUACCGGUAGACUAGUUCGGUUGUAGAGAGCAUGAUAGUUGUGUUGUUAUAAUGAAUUAUGUUAAUAUAUUCCAGCUUUUCAUCAAAAAAAUUGUAUUAUAAUGAUUCUAGAAUUAAAAAAAAGCGUUUAAAGAAAACCAUUUCAGCAAAAUUAAGCUGCAUUUGUCUAUAGUGAAAUAGAAUUUUGUUUUCAUUGACAUCCAAGUCCAAAAACUACCGCUUGUUGAGAGAUUCAUGAGCCAUUUUCAUACUAAGACACAAUUGUUUAUCAUGUUCUGUCAGUUAUUAAUGUAUUACCAAUGUAUUUAUUAUGUAUAUAUGCAGAGCAUUUGUUAUCAUUUGUAUUUAUUGUUUAUCAUCAUUACAAUUGUGUAUUUUUUACCUACAGUGAAUGACUUUAAAUUUCAGUCCCCACAAACCCUCACUACUUCAUUACUUUAUUAGUUUUGUUUAAUGUAUGUGUAUCCUUUAAAAUGCAAUUUGUUCUGGUGCAUAUGUCCUUAAAUUUGUUUUUACUCCUACUGUUAUAACAUGGUGACCAUUAGUUUAUGAAAUGUGAAUCUUAAUUCAGAUUUUAAAUGUUUUCUUAGAUAAGUCAUUGUAAUAGCUGACACAUAAUCUGAUGCUUGCUAUUAUGGUUUAGAUGUGUAUUUAUUUUCAUAAUGAGGUUCAUACAAAGAAAAAAAAACAAGAGAAAUAUUCUGUCGUAACACCAACAUUCUCAUUCUAUAGAUUUACAAGUUGAAUCUCACUCAAGAUUAUUUUGUCACUUUAUCUUUGAAUGGGGGAAUAUUAUGUUGAAAUCUGUGUUCUUUAUAACUUUUUUUAUAACAUUUUUUACGAGUUUGAUGCUGAAUUUUAAUCAGUUUGAAGUAGUUCAUAAGACUACAUCAUUUCCUGAAGUACAGAAAUAUCGUAGAUUCAAAAAGGUGAAAAGUUGAUACAGCACACAUAUGUAACAUCGUCUGAAUUCAUUCAAAAAGAACAAGCAAGUCCUUAACUUAACAGUAAAAUCUUCAGAAGUUUUGCUGUCAGUCAUUGGUCUUAUUUUUACAUCAAUAAAUUUAUACAUAUUAUA